AUGUCGUCUGAUGCGGCGGCUUUGCCAUCACCGCCCGACAUGCCACCGUGGAAGGACGGAAGGCGUCCUUACUCGGUGGGGCACAACAUGCAUACCAGCGCACAGGUCAGCGGACCGGGUCCCUAUUCAAAUGGCCACGGCCGCCCGCCACUAUCUCGCCGCCCGCGAUUCCCCAACAUCAAAGACCUACAGGACCAGGCUGCUAUGUUGAAUGUGAAUGAGACCACUCCGCUCCCUAUCCUUUUGAGCACCGCCUCCGACGCGAUCCAGCAAGCUAGGAACCUUGCAGAUGCCGAGCAAUCUGACAAGGCCUAUGUACAAUACCUUCGAGCCUCCGAAAUCACAGUAAACAUCAUUCCACAUCAUCCUGAUUACCGACAGACGGUCACCGAGCGCCCUGGAUGGUACAAACAAUUUGCGGAUUUGAUGAUGGCGGUACGAACAAAACAAGGGACAAUGGAUGGGAUCAAAAAGGAGAUCAUCGAGGACAACCUGGCCAGCAACAUACAACCCGCAGGCGCCGUCGCUUCAAGGUUUCCAGAGGGACCUUCUACCAUGCCGAGCGGGCGUGAAAAUCAUGGGCCUGCAAACGAUUCUGCCAGAAUGCCGACCCCGACGCAGUUCCAACCAACACCGGAUGUCAAAGCGCAGAUCAAACGGUUUUCCAGUCCCGCAGAAGACGUGCUCGCUCAGCGUUUUGCAAAGCUCAGGACAUCUCAGCCUUCUCACCAGAAUGAGUCCGGUGCAGGCGCACGUCCGGGCCCUUCUCUCGCCUCAUCUAAUACGCCCCAGGAGCCGCAUGAUUCUACACCAGGCUCGCCUUCAAGACGCCCGAUGGGACCUCGCAGCAUGAACUCUUCCACCAAUAUGCCGACUCUGCCUCCGAAAAUUCCUCUUACCACCAUGCUUCCCCGAGCCCCAGAUCCGGCUUAUAGUCCCAUAACUACUUUGUCAUCGCAGCUCCCAUCAAAUCCGCCAAGAACUUCGACCGAGAGCGGGCGUUCGGUCAACCCAAGAUAUUCUCAAUUCACGAGCUCUCCACGUGGCAGUCCGAGUCGAGAUAACCCGUACAGGUCGCUCACCCCUAAUGGUGUUCACUCGGUGCAGGGGACUCGAAGCAAUUCGCCUGACCUACCCUACAACACUGCCGUCACCGCCCACGAUCUUCUCGACUAUCUUCGAAAAUUCAAUGUCCUGUUGAUCGAUGUUCGUCCGCGUGACCAAUACGACAACGGCCAUGUUUAUGCCAAAUCGAUAAUCUGCGUUGAGCCGGUAGUUUUGAAGGAGAAUGUGUCGGCGGAGGAGCUUGAGGAGCGACUGGUCGUGUCUCCAGAGCAUGAGCAGGCGUUGUUUGAGAAGCGCAACGAGUUCGACCUUGUUGUCUACUACGACCAGAGCACCGGCUCGGUCAGCUACCUUGCCGGGUCGCCUGUUGGAACAUCCGCGCCGCACUUGCGAGCCCUCCAUGACACACUCUACGAAUUCAACGCGUACAAGCCACUCAAGGCUGGUCGGCCGCCAGCGCUCCUGCUUGGCGGUUUGGAUGCAUGGAUCGAUCUCCUUGGGCAGCAGUCUCUGGCAACAUCCUCUACUGCGGCUGUUAUGGGAUCUAUUCAAUCCAAGAAACCCGUCUCUAAGCCAGGCCGCCCACUUGGAAGAGUUCCCACCAUGGCCAGUGCCAAUUCGAGCUUGGAAGUGCGCAAGAGAAGACUUCGCGAGUUCACCCCACUCAACUCCGAAGAAUUGUCGGCCUGGAUGGAAACAUCGAAGAAUGAAGAGAUCGACACUAGUACCUACAUCGAAGAGGAGCAACUGACUGAAGAGCCUGAAGAGGAAGCAGCAGAGCAGGAACCGACAACGCCAUUUGUUCAAAACUAUGAAGACUUUUUGCGCCGCUUCCCUGAACCGCACCACAUCCAGCAGUCGAUGAUGCUCCCAGAGUCUCAGCCUGCUCUUGCUCCGGUUCCCAACUAUGCCGCCCCACUCGUCCCCCCCAGCUCCAUCUCGGCCGCCUCCUGCGGUGCCCCGUCCCAGUUAUAG